AUGCUGCUCAAACUAGACCUAGAGAAAGCAUACGAUCGGAUCAGAUGGGAUUUCUUAGAAGAUUCUCUUCGAGUAGCGGGUUUCACAGAACAAUGGGUGGUCUGGAUCAUGCAGUGCGUCACCGGUCCAAACAUGAGCUUGAUAUGGAAUGGGGAGAGAACAGAUAGCUUUGUUCCAAUGAGAGGUUUGAGGCAAGGUGAUCCACUAUCACCAUAUUUGUUUGUACUAUGCAUGGAGAGAUUAUGUCACUUGAUUGAGGAAGCUAUAGAUGAUAAGAAGUGGAAACCGAUUAGUCUAUCAAGAGGCGGUCCCAAACUCUCUCACAUCUGUUUUGCCGACGAUCUAAUUCUAUUUGCAGAGGCAUCUGUUGCUCAGGUCCGAGUAGUACGUAGCGUUUUGGAGAACUUCUGUCAAGCCUCGGGACAAAAGGUUAGCCUUGAGAAAUCAAAGAUAUUUUUUUCAGACAAUGUCUCUCGAGAGUUGAGUAGUGCCAUCAGUGCAGCAAGCGGUAUCCAGGCAACAAGAGAGCUAGGCGUGUAUCUUGGGAUGCCUAUUUUGCAGAAAAGGAUUAAUAAGGAAACGUUUGGCAUGGUAGUUGAAAGAGUCUCGUCAAAACUAGCGGGAUGGAAAGGGCGUGUGUUAAGUUUGGCAGGGCGCAUCACUUUAACGAAGGCAGUUCUCGGGUCAGUACCGGUGCACACUAUGAGUGCGUGCAAGCUUCCGGAAUCGACGGCGAAAGCUUUAGACCGUGUGUCACGAGAUUUCGUGUGGGGAUCCACGGCUGAGAAGAGGAAACAGCAUCUUAUUGGUUGGGAGAGACUGUGCCAACCAAAAGCAGAAGGAGGUCUGGGUAUCCGUAAGUCGAAUCUUAUGAACAAAGCCUUACUCGCGAAAGUGGGUUGGAGGGUGAUGCACGAUUUCUCUAGUUUGUGGGCAAGGGUGAUUCGGAGCAAGUACAAAGUCGGAGAUAUUCAUGAUGGCUCUUGGUUAGUCUCUAAAGGAACAUGGUCAUCCACGUGGAGAAGUGUGGCCCUGGCUAUCAAAGAUGUGGUUAUUCCGGGUCACAGUUGGGUUAUGGGGGAUGGACAGAGUAUUAACUUCUGGACAGACAAGUGGUUAAUGGGUUCUGCUCUCUGUGAUUUAACUAUGGCAGAGAUACCGUUAGAGGCCUUACACCUGAAGGCGGGAAAUUUAUGGAGCAAUGGUAUCGGGUGGGACCUCCAGAGAAUCAUACCAUAUACGUCAGAGGAGACGAGACUGGAAAUGGCGGCUGUGGUGGUGAACUUGAACGCCGGGAGAUCAGACACAAUAUCCUGGGGGGAGACAGCUGACGGGAGGUUCACGGUGUCGUCAGCAUAUCGCCUUUUGUCACGGGAUGAGUACUUUAAACCGAACAUGAGCAACUUCUUUAGACGUGUGUGGAGAAUAAGAGCACCGGAGAGAGUACGCGUCUUCCUUUGGCUAGUUAGUAACUAUGGGAUAAUGACAAACCAAGAAAGACUUCGUAGACACAUGAGUGACACCGGGAUUUGCCAAGUAUGUAAAGCUGGAGUGGAAUCUACUUUGCAUGUGUUACGAGAUUGCCCUGCGAUGUCAGGGAUAUGGAGACGUAUUGUUCCGAGAGGUAAGCAACGAAUCUUCUUUGCGAUACCUCUCCUUGACUGGUUGUAUGCAAACUUGAGUGAAGAAGCUGAGACAGGGUUUGGACCCUGGUCGACUAUGUUUGCUGUCUCGGCUUGGUGGGCGUGGAAAUGGCGUUGUGGCAAUAUCUUUGGAGACAACAGACUCUGGAAGGAUAGGGUGAAAUUUGUGAAAGAAUAUGCAAGAGAAGUGCAUCAAGUUAUGUUGAGAAGUGACAAUCGGAGAGUAGUGACAAGGGAGGAGAGACUUAUCUCGUGGCUGCCACCACUAGUUACUUGGAUGAAGCUAAAUACGGAUGGGGCCUCUCGUGGUAAUCCGGGGUUGGCAACAGCAGGAGGUGUGAUACGUGACGGUGACGGACAAUGGCAUGGAGGAUUCUCGUUGAAUAUUGGACGUUGCACAGCACCAAUGGCGGAACUGUGGGGCGUUUACUACGGUCUUUGCAUUGCGUGGGAGAAGGGGGUCUCGAGACUGGAAGUCGAGGUGGACUCUUCACUGGUGGUAGGUUUUCUUCAGACAGGAUCUGUGACACACACCCACUGUCUUUCCUGGUGCAUCUGUGCCAUGGCUUCUUAUCAAAGGACUGGGAGGUCCGGGUUACUCACGUGUAUAGGGAGGCCAAUCGUCUAG